AGAUAACACUGGAAAUUGGGCUAUAGAAAAGCGAUAUUACGAUGCUAAUUCGUCGCGUAGUAGUUUUGUAAGUCACGUGUCAAAAAUAUUGCCAAGUAUGGGAUUUUAAACGUUCUGUGCUAUGGCACAAUCGCUAGGAAAAGAAGGUACAGAAGAAAGACAGAAGGAAAAGAUAUGGUUCGAUCAGGAAGAAUAUACAUUGAGGAAGAGGCUUCCAAGGAAGUUGCCAAAACGAAAAAAUGAUGUGUAUGUAAACAUGAAAACCAACUUUAAAGCGCAACUUAAUCGUUGUGAGAAACUUAUAAAUAAUGGAGAAAAUGAACUGUACAUUCACGGACUCGGAAGUGCUUGCAAUCGUGCUAUUAAUCUAGCUCUGCAGUUAAAAAGUAAUCACGUGGAAAUUAUCGAAGUGAGUGUCAACACGUCUACUGUAGAAUUAGUUGACGAUUGGGAACCGGAAUAUGAUCAUUUGGAAUCUCAUACACAAAUUAGAAAUAAUUCAGCUGUACAUAUAAAAGUGUAUCGAUUAAAUCCAAUAAAUUUGUGAUAAUUGA